GAAGAACUCCGUUGCUAUGCGACGACGUUGUAGUACACACAACAACUGCUUGGCAGAAAUAGCCUAAUAGACGUUAAUUCCUUACCGCGAAUUGUCCGACUUUCCAGCCAUGCCUCUUCCAGACACAAUGUAUUGUAGUCAGCAAAUCAACAUCCCUCCUGAGCUGCCAGACAUCCUCAAAAACUUCACCAAGGCAGCCAUCCGCACACAGCCAAAGGAUUUGAUGCUGUGGUCUUCAGCAUACUUCAAUGCACUGUCAAAAGAUGAGUGUCUGCCUGUCAAGGACAGGCUGGAGAUGAAUGUUGCCACCCAGAAAACAGAUACUGGACUGACUCCAGGUCUACUGAAAACUCUGCAUAAACAGCUGUCUCACAAGGAAACGUGCGUCAAGGAGGAGCUGCGGAAGAAAUGGAAGGGACUGUGUCUUCCCAUGGACCAGUUUGAGACCUUUCUGUUACUGGGGAGCUUUGCCUCAAACAUUGACUGGAUGGAGUUUUUUGCCCUGUGCUGCAAUUCUCUUGGAGGGACCCUCAUGAGUUCUCUAAAGUUUGCCUGUGAGAUCCUGACAGAGGAUGAGGAAGGUGGUGCUGCUAGAAUCCCUUUCACCACCUUCAUCAAACUCUACACCUACAUGGCACACUUGGAGAGCGACAUGCCACAGGACUACAUUAACAACUUCCUCAGCAGCCUGCAGGCUCAAGUGGAGCUCCAACAUGGGAUGAUAAAACCUCUGGACUUCAUCUAUCUGGAUGAUAUGGACUCAACUCCUCCUGAAUCAUCAAAGUUUGCCAGAGCAGCAUCAAAAGCGGAAUAAGAAAGAGCUAAAGGUUUUAUGGUGAAAGAUGAAUUAAAUCCCAACAGAUCUGUUUUUGAGUUUUGCAUGUUGUACAAAUUUUGGCGUGCCCCGGAGAGAGCGGUGGAUGUUAUGCCAUGGACAUAACCCAUACUUUUCUAAAGGAAAGUUUUCAAGCCUGGAUCUGGGUUAUCGCUCUGCACAUACUUAAAGCGGAGGCAGGAUGAACAAGCACAAACCUCCAAGGUUGCUUAUGAAAGCAACCUGUCAAUCAAGCAUUUCUCUUUAAGUCUAAUUAUCUUCUUAAUGGAACAAUAAUCUCAUAAUCCCAACUGCGACACACACAAAAGCAGAUACAAAAAAGAAAAGAAGCAGAAUUAAUUAAUUCAUGAACACCGUAACAUUUUGUGAGAAAUCUACAUUACUUCUAGAGAAGUUGGUGGAUUUUUCCACGGAUGUGAAAAAAAUCUGUUUCCAUGUUGCCAGUAUCCUGGAGCCAUUAGAGGAACUGACUUUUUAAGACACCUCCACAGUGGCUUCACCAUUCUGAGUCACUUUUACAAGAGAUGUAAGAGUGUAUCAUUUGUUUUUCUGUGGGAAGACUUGGACUUUAUCUUUUGGCUUUACCUUUAUAUUACUGCACAGAUUGUUGAAUUCAAUAUUAUAUUUGUAUGUAUUUAUUAUGAAAAACAUAGGGUCUAAGAACACGUGCAAAAUAAACUCAGAAUACAUUAAUUACAUUUAUCUGGCUGUAUUUGGGAAUUGUUCUUAC